UAUCUAGUAGCUUCUUUUCCAAAGUGAGAGUUGGUAACACUGGCGUUUAGUUUUCGUAAAAAACAAAUAAUUUAAAUUCCUUUACUUUUAAGAAUUAGCAAGGAAUGAAUCUAAGCAAUUGUAUAAAUAACUACAUAUAUUUAACGGGCACCGAGGACUAUGCCCUUAAUUUGGCAAAGCUAUGCGAACGCUUUGCCGCAAAGGAAAAGGGCGUUUUGCUGAUAACUAGUCGUCAGCAGGGAAUGGCGAAGCGGUAUUCAUUGGAUUCGAAGAAUUGCAACAAGUAUCUAACCUUUUUGCAGCUGGUGGACGUUGAGAGUACGCCGCAUCGGCUGCUGGAGCUGCAGGACAAUGCGGAGUCCUUUGACCCCGAUUUGAUUGUCUUCGAUCUGCAAUCCCUCGUCCUGGAUGCUCUAUUGCGUCCUGUGAUGCAGCAGUGCUCCACGGACAAAAUGGUGCGACAAAUCGCUAAAUGUUCGGCUUCGUUUGUCAAUUAUCGCGAAAUUCUGGCCAACUUGCACGUCCAGAAGGCGGGGAAAUCCAUCGAUACCAUUGUGGUCAUGUCGCAGGAACCGUAUCCCAUGUCUCCCGCCCAGUUUAAGCUACUCAUCGGUCUCUAUUUCCACGGCAACGAGUGUCACACGAACUUUGCCAAACUUUCGAGCAGGAUCCUGGCUACCCAAGGAUUCGCCUGACCGCAGGACAGGAUUCAGAACCACCACAGUGCCUUAUAUAGCUCCAUUUUGAUGUCUCCAGCUCCGGAGACCCACGAUUUGUCUCUCGAAAUGCUCAAAACAGUCUGAUGAUCUUUGUUUCUUACCGAAACUAACCUGUAUACUCAUGCAUUUGUAUCAAUAAGUAUAUUAAUGUCUAUUCGCGAACGAUAGAAACAUGGAUUUUGUUAAGUUAAAGGCCAGACUUACAUUUAAGUUUUGUAUGUUAAAACAGGCCCAUGCUAACUUUAAAGUUAUAGAAAUAGCUUCUUAAAAGAAAAAAUCAUAGAACUUAAGUUUUUUUUUUAUAUCUUUUCACAAGUAACCGUAUAGAAUCUUUUGUUAGGCUAAACGAUUGUCGAAUUUUUAAGUUACUUCUGGAAUAACAAACGUUUGUAAUAAGUUGAAAGGUAUUUUUAUACCUUACUAAUAGAAAAAGACUUAUGCACUUCGAUAUUAAGCUAAAGGAAAGACAAAUAUUUAAGUUACUCAUAAAAAAAAUUAGCAGUUGCUAAAUUUAAAAUUAUUAUUUUUGAAAUGAAAACAAAAUGCAAUUAAAUAUUUAUGUUAGUUAUGUAAAAUCACUAAUUUGUAAUGGAACCUUUGGACACAUACUUUAUUUUAAACUGCCAAAUAGGAUCCACAGUUUUUAGAACAUUUUUAGUUUAAUUGUUAUUGCAAAUGUUGGUUUUAGCCUCUGCUGAACUUACACUAAUUAAUAAUCUAGAGAGAACCAAGAAUUAAUAACCCCAGUUGUAGAGAACAAUUCCAAUGUUAAUAUAGACAUAUAAAAAGUAAAUCGAAUCGGUAGCUCAACGUUAUGUCGAGAAAAUGUUUAUCAGCUCAUUAUAUAACAAAUUAUAACUUGCCACAAUAUUGAUGAUGAUGACGAUGAAACUGUAAACUGUUUAAUGAAGGCAAAAUGUACAAUAUAUUAUAUGCAAAUAUAAUACUAUAUUCGUGCUUAUCUGUCAACAAAACGCAAAUAAGACUAAACUUUGAAAAUAUUCCACUACAUGGUAUCCAUGCAAAAUGUUGAAUUAAACCACGCAAUCGAAUGCUCGAUCAAAUAUAAGACUUUAUUUUAAGUACACUAUUUAUUCUAAAAAGGAUUACAACUACCAAAAAAAAAGGAGAUAAUAUUUAAUUAUAAAUACAUAAAUAUAACAAUAAUAU